UGAUAACAACAUGGAGGUCGUGCUAGCAUCCAACUAUAAACACUCUGGAGAGCAUUGUCUGUAGACUUGAGUGAAAGUAUACACCAUGGAAUGUGGGUGCAUUUUGCGCCGCUGGCGCAAGUGGAUUCGGCUAGUGGUUGUCGUUGUUUAUGUUGUAUUAUUGGUGAUAGCAUUGCCUCUGUGUAUAUGGGAACUCGAGAGGAAAGGAGCUCCUGAUCACGUCCAAGCUUGGUUUAUUGCUGGUCUCUUUGUUAUGCUGGCACUUCCCAUUUCGUUUUGGGGUAUUCUACAACAUGUCAUCAAUUACACAACUCCACGUCUGCAAAGGCAUAUUAUCAGGAUACUAUGGAUGGUUCCCAUAUACGCAAUGAAUGCUUGGUUUGCUUUGAGAUUCCCUGCAGCAGCCAUCUACCUGGAUACAUUACGAGAGUGCUACGAAGCUUAUGUGAUCUACAACUUUAUGGCGUACCUCAUGUCUUUCCUCAAUCAUGAGUACCCCCACUUGGACAUACAGGUGGAAAACAAGCCUCCGGUGAAGCAUGUGUUCCCUCUUUGUUGCCUUCCUCCUUGCCACAACUCUCCGAAAUUCAUCCAGAGGUGUAAACAUGGCGUCCUCCAGUAUACUGUGGUGCGUCCUGCCAUGACUGUGAUAGCUCUAAUCUGCGAGAUGUUUGGCAAAUAUGAAGAGGGCGAACUGAACUUUACCAAUGGGUGGUCUUACAUUGCCGUCAUCAACAAUAUGUCACAGAUUCUCGCAAUGUACUGCCUUAUAUUAUUUUACAAAGCUUUCAAAGAAGAGCUUCAGCCAUUGAAACCAGUACCAAAGUUCUUGUGUGUGAAAGCUGUGGUCUUCCUGUCAUUUUGGCAGGCCUUGUUGAUUGCUAUACUGACCGAAACUGGAGCUAUACCUAAGAAUGGCACGUGGGUCUUCUAUAAAGAUGAGAAAGAAGUCUCCACAGGUCUACAGGAUUUUCUCAUUUGCAUAGAAAUGUUUCUGGCUGCGGUAGCACACUAUUUUUCAUUCUCACACAAACCAUUUGUGAAUCUGGCGGCGGAGCAACAAGACUGUCUAAGGUCGUUCCUCUCCAUGUGGGACGUACGAGAUGUUACGGAAGAUGUGGUGGAGCACGCUAGAUACAUAGGACGGGGCAUGCAUAAAACUCUGAGUCGAGGUAAGAGGAUGGGAGAUGCAUCUGAUGGUGAGCGAACUCCUCUGCUCAUCAAUGGAGAAGGACCUCCGUCAGCAUCAGGAUCCAGCCUAGACAGGCAAGUGUCGGUACAGAACCAGCAGAUGAAGCUGCCACCAUCACCAGCUGUCAUUCUGGACACCGACGGGACGUCUAUCGGCGGAGACAGCCUGACUGCCUCUGGGCGUCACUUUGACAGUUUUGUCAACAAAUCCACCACCUCCAGCAUGAAUAACUACGCAGAUUUUGAAACCAGCGGUGAGUUGUUUGGCCCUGCCAGCGACAACAAAAGUUUGUCCAGCUCGAUCAGUCUCCAAGCUUACGACAGUGCAAAUGAGGAUGGUGGUGUGGAGAGUAGAGCUCAUGUUAUUGCUUCGACUGUGAAUGCUAAUCAGACUGGUGCUUCAGCCCUUGAUGAAAAGGAUUUUCGUUUCAUGUCUUCGGAGUCCUCGGUUGAAAAAAGGGAUCAGGAUGAUGUGUUUGAGCAUCUCGAUGUGACAGAAGAAGAUAGUGGAGGAGCGCAAAGGAAUAGUGAUGCUGACGAAAAGUUUAGCAAGGGCGAUGGAGGCAUCUCAUUAUUUACAGGGGAUGGUGGAGCUGGAGAGAGAGGACAUGUGGGAGAGGGGGAAGAUUCAGGGAAGCCUAUCGUAAGCCCUGACCCAGAAAGCGAGGUCCCAGACAUGGUAGAUUCAAACGUGCAGCUCAAGGAAAGGACUGACCAGUCUCUUGUAGCUGGUAAUACCCACACUGGAAUUGAUGGCGCUCCUGUAGCAUGAUUGUGCAGUAUUAUGAAUGUGUUGCUUGCUCUGAUGUCAUCUUUGUCAAAUGUUAUCUUGAGGGGGGGGGGGGGUGCAUAUCGUGGACCAUAUCCACAAUCCACUAAGAUGUUUGAACCAAUGAUGUAAUCAGCCAUAAAUCUACUCAACUUCAUAUUGGGCUGUAGCCUCCUCCUUUUUUGUGUUUGUUACUCUCUUGUAGCACCUUUAAUCUUCUGCUUUCAUAUGACCACAUUGUGUAAAAGUGUUGUAAUACUUUUACCCAACAAAAUAAUGGAGAUUUACCAGAAUUUGACUAAUCUCAUUCAAGAAAAUGCUCAUUAUUGCUUAUUUACUGCAACACUUUUGCUGGCAAAAUAUUGGGAACAAAAUUUCUCAAUGCUCUCUCUCUUUGACUUUGACUGAAACAAUGACUCACUACACUUGGAAUAGUUUUAGGCAUAUAUGUCAAGACGUGGUGGAAUCAAGCACUCAUCAGUAUUUGCACAGGUGGAGUUAUUGGUAUCAUCUUAAAGCCUAUUCAUUUGUUUACCUUUUGAUGAAAAA